CCUGGCACUGCACCCCGAGGUGGCCCCAGGCAGCAAGACCACUCGGAAGGAGGCCAACAGCGACAUGGGCCAGGACGGCGGCCAGGAGCCAGCGCCCGAGAGCAGCCCCCCGGGGGCCUGUGCAGACCUGGCCAAGCGCUCCAGGUCCCAGGAGCUGCUCCACAUCGCCCAGGAGCUCCUGCACACCGAGGAGACCUACGUGAGGCGGCUGCACCUGCUAGACCAGGUCUUCUGCACCCAGCUGACAGAAGCAGGGGUCCCUCCGGAAGUCACCACAGGCGUCUUCUCUAACAUCUCCUCCAUCUACCGCUUCCACGGGCAGUUCCUCCUGCCCGAGCUGCAGACGAGGAUCACAGAGGAGUGGGACGUGAACCCUCGGUUCGGGGACAUCCUGCAGAAGCUGGCCCCGUUCCUCAAGAUGUACGGCGAGUACGUCAAGAACUUUGACCGGGCGGUGGAGCUGGUGAGCACCUGGACGCAGCGCUCGCCCCUGUUCCGGGACGUGGUGCACAGCAUCCAGAAGCAGGACGUGUGCGGGAGCCUGACGCUGCAACACCACAUGCUGGAGCCGGUGCAGAGGGUCCCCCGCUAUGAGCUGCUGCUCAAGGACUAUCUAAAGCGGCUCCCGGCAGACGCCCCGGACCGGCAGGACGCGGAGAAGUCCUUGGAGCUCAUCUCCACAGCCGCCAGCCACUCCAACGCUGCCAUCCGGAAAACGGUGAGUGGGAGGGGACCCCAGAGGCCUUCUCUGAGGGCCCCUGGCAGCAGCCUGCCCCUCACCCUGCUGUCCCUGUGGAAGUUCAACAGCAUGGUCCUCUACUGCGUGCCCAAACCGCGGCUCCUGGGCCAGAAGUUCAGUGUCCGGGAAAAGAUGGACAUCUCCGACCUCCAGGUGCAGGACACCAGCAAGCCGCCAGCAGCCCCCACGUUCACCCUCACGGGAAGGAGCCGGGCCCUGGAGCUGCGCGCCCGGACGGAAGAGGAGAAGAAAGAAUGGAUUCAGGUCAUUGAAGCCACCAUCUCGAAGCACAAACAGAACAGCCAGACCUUCAAGGCCUUCAGCGCCGCCUUCAGCCAAGACGAGGACCCCUCCCAGACUCCAGAGCCCCCUACGACGAGUGCCAGUUUUGAGGAGCCUGCGGUGGCCGCCGACAGCAGAGGGGGUGCUGCAGGGCUCGAGCCCAAGAGGGGGUCCUCCAAGAUCAGGCGGGACAAGGAAAAGCAGAGCUGCAAGGGCUGUGGCGAGACGUUCAACUCCAUCACCAAGAGGAGGCACCACUGCAAGCUAUGUGGGGCGGUCAUUUGUGGGAAGUGCUCCGAGUUCAAGGCAGAGAGCGGCAGGCAGAGCCGAGUCUGUGGAGAGUGUUUCCUGACACAGCCAGUGGCCCCCGCGAGCACCAGCCCCAGGGCACCUGCCGAGCCCCAGCAGAGCGUGGAGGACAGAGGGCCAGCGGCAUGGGACUGUGUGCUCCCAGCUGCAAACCUAGAGGGGGAGUAA